GCAAUUCAAUUUGUUGACACAAUUUUAGAUAUAAAUAGGUACUUUUUUGUUACUUGCAAUGAUAUUUACCAUUCUAGGAUUCCACCACUAUGUUCUACAAUUUCUAGGGUACAAUUUCUUCUUCAUCUUCUUCUUUUUCCUUCAUUCAAAUGUAUUAGUCAAGCCCUAGUCUCUACCCUAGUAAACCCACUCCCAAAGCUUCAUCUUUUCCUUUUCUUUAUUCCUCUCACCAAAGAUAUAUGUUCUUUAUGUAAUAAAGCAACACCUAAGGUUCUUGAUAACUUGAAAGAUUAAUAACCAAAACCCUAGUUUGAUUGGCCACUUUUGGAGAUUUGUCUUUUUUAUUCUUACAAAACCCUAUAUAUGUUUCCUAAAAGCAACAUCAUCCAUGACCCUUUUUCCUACACCUCACAAGAAUUACUUAAUACACAUGACCAUCAUCAUCAUCAAAACCCUAAUUCAACUUCAAAAGUAGUAGUAGAAGAAGAAGAAGAUCAUCCAUUUUUCUUGAAUAACUUCCCAUCUCCAUUUCUUGAUGACCAUGAACUCCCACUAAGCCAAAUAUUUUCUCAAAAGCAUCAUCAAGAGCUAGAGGCUAGUGAGAACCAUGACAUUAGUAAAGCUGAUCCGGACAACGCCAUCAAAGAUAACCAUAGCAUUGACAAUUCAAGAUCUACACGGCUCAACACGAAAAUCAUGGGAGAUCAGAGUUCAAAUCUGGCUAUCACAAGAAAAAUCCCUAGUGAGCCAGCCACAUCAUCAAAGAAGAGAAAACUAAGUGCAAAACCACGAAGGAGAACAGGAAAAAAGGAUAGGCAUAGCAAGAUUUGCACAGCUCAAGGAGUGAGAGACAGAAGGAUGAGAUUGUCCCUUCAAAUAGCACGUAAGUUCUUCGAUCUCCAAGACAUGUUAGGGUUUGAUAAGGCAAGUAAUACCAUAGAAUGGUUGUUUACCAAUUCCAAGAAUGCCAUCAAAGAGCUCUCAAAAAACAUCCCACAAGAGAAUAAUAGUAGUGAAAACAAUGAUGAUAAUAGGAAAUUGAGAAAAAUUGGUUCAAAUGAGAAGCCAAUAAGAGCAAUGGCAAGGGAAAAGACCAAAGAGAAUAUGAUGAUCAAAUUAGGUCACAACAAAAAGGGCAAUCAAGAAUUGGAUGAAACAAACCCUAAAUUAGGGUCAAAUUCAAAAUCUCUUGAACAUCAAUUUGCUAAUGUUGGGAUCAUGGAAAAGUACUUAGGUGGUGCAAGCUAUUCCUCAAUAACUUCUAUAUUUGAUUAUGACAACAAUGGAAUAAUCAAAGGAGACAUAGAUAUUUCUGACAAUUGCUUCAAUUUGGGGAUUCAUGAAAAUUUUUCAAUGACAAGUGAGGUUCAAAUCCCAUUUGCAGGCAUUUAAGACAAAAAAGGGCAGCUCGAUACAUUAAGCUCCUGUUAUGUAACGGGGUUUGGGGAAGGGCCGGAGCCGGACCACAAGGGCAUUAAGACUAUUUUUGUUUUUGGUUUGUUGAUUUAUGGAAUAUGGCAAAGUUUGGUAUUUUUGAACUUUGCUACUUGAUUGUGAGAGGUUGAGAACUAAUAAAAAUUUAUGUUUGUACUACUUGCUUUUGUUGAUUUGGGAUUUCUUUUAUUAUUAGAUUUUGGGAUACAGUUAUAUAGAUAUAUAGUGUUACUAACUAUGUUG